UUUUUUUUUUUUGUUUUUUUUCAAAUCAUCAAUUAUAUAAUUUAAUUUAAUUUUUACAUUACAAAAAUGAGACUCAUUACACACAACAUGUUACAAUGUCAUGUAAAGGACUGCAAUACCAAUAACUUUCCUCUUCGUUUUGAAAACGUUCAACUUGAAUUAAUCGAAGCUGAUUUUAACCCUGAAUUUUUAGCAAACAUGUUGAAUAAGAUUGAAUGGGAAGCUUUAGUUAAUACAGCUAUACAGCUUGGCAUUAAUACCCUUCCAGCUGAAAUGCCUGAAAAUGCAACAGAAAACGAAGAAUUUUUGAAACUAGUUCACAAUGUUUUAUUAGAGACCCAUGUUCAACAAGGUCAAAUGGUUUGUCCUAAUUGUUCCCAUGUUUAUAAAAUUAAAGAUGGUAUUCCCAACAUGUUAUUAGCUGAACAUGAAAUCUAAAAGAAAGGAAGAAGGAAAGAAAGAAAGAAAUGCAUUUGUUUAUAUCACACACGAGUACACAUAUACGUAUAAUAAAAGAAUAGAAUUGACAGAGUACAUCUUAUUUUUUUUUUCUUUUCUUUUUUUUUAAUAAGUAUUUUUUAUGUAAAGUUAC